CCGGUGGGGUACGAGGAUAGGCCCUGACGGCGAAGACCGACUGAGGCUUCGAGCCGUGAUGGAACUUGCAAAUGGAAAUCAAGCAAGCGCCAUAAGCGUGAGGCGCAAGGAAGAGGAAGACCCCUUUCGCAACCCAUCUCUUCCUGCUACCAUCUGAACACCUUAGGUGACUUCAGCCAGUUCGUGAGGCAGGAUGUCGUCACAAGAGGAGAACACCCGCAAGACGGUCUUUGUGGUGGGACUGGGGAUGGUGGGGAUUGCGUUCAUCGAGAAACUGCUCAACCUCGACGCAGGUUGCAACUACCAAAUUGUAACUUGUGGCGAGGAGACACAUCUUGCGUACAAUCGGGUGGCUUUAACCGAGUAUUUCCAGCAUAGGAGCGUUGAGAAGCUCUACUUGAACUCUCCGGACUGGUACGCAAAACAGGACCCGGACAGGUUCAGUUUCUAUGUCGGGGAGACGGUCACUAAAAUCGACCAUGAAGCCCACAUCGUGGUUACGGACAAGGGUCGCGAGGUCAAGUAUGACUACUGUGUGAUUGCCACGGGCUCUGAAGCCACAUUACCGAGCUAUGCGAGCAAGGAUGUACCUGGCUUGUUCGUGUACAGGAACAUCGCCGACAUGGAUUCCCUCUUGGCGUAUUCGGACAAGGACGGUGUGAAGGGUGGCAAGGCUGCUGUUCUCGGGGCGGGUCUACUGGGUCUUGAAGCUGCCAAAGCCGUGUACGACCUCGACACGAUCAAGGACGUGACCAUAAUCCACCGCCAAGCCUAUCCGCUCUCUCGUCAGCUUGAUAAUCAUGGUGGUGAAAUCGUUCGAAGGCGGAUCGACGCCAUGGGCGUUACCUUCCUCGGUGGCACCUCCGUCCAGAGGCUCAUCACGAAUGAUGCUGGAACCCUUACCGGCCUCGAGCUGACGGAUGGAAACGUUGUCCCAUGCGACAUAGCCGUGGUAGCCAUCGGGAUUACCCCACGCGACGAUCUCGCACGUGCGAGCGGAAUCGAGUGCACGGAGCGACACGGCAUCGUCGUCGAUGACAGCCUGCGCACGAGCGCGCCGGACGUGUUUGCUAUUGGCGAGUGUGCAAGCUGGAGGGACAACACGUACGGCUUGAUUGCGCCGGGCGUCGAGAUGGCGGACAUCCUAGCAUUCAACCUGACGCAAACCCAGACGGGCGUGGGCGAGUUCAAGCCGCGAAAGAUGAAUAACCCCGAUUUGUCGACGAAGCUGAAGCUCAUGGGCGUCGACGUCGCUUCGUUCGGCGACUACUUCGCGGAGCAGCGUCGUUCCAAGCCUGUCGAGAGCGCAGUAUCCGUCAAGCUUAGGAAGCCUGCGCCAGCCAACAGCGAACCUCUGUCUUGGAACCAGCGCGAUGCAAACAAGCCCUCCGUGUGGGAAGUCGUGGCCGGCCCAGUCGAUGCCACGGGUCCCUCGCUCACAGUCAGUCAGGAAAGCGCGCUUCCCUCCACGUCUAGCUCACACGAUGACAAGAAUCCCUCGCCUCCUGCCUCCGGUCGAGCGUCACCCCCCAAGGCUGACGCCUCCGCUCCUAAGAAGCGGCAUGGGCACGGUCCACCCGAAGACGGGCCAACCGAGACGCUCACGUACCGCGACCCAUUCGCUGGCGUGUACAAGAAGUAUAUCUUCACGGCGGAUGGCAAGCACCUCCUCGGAGGGAUGAUGGUCGGAGACACAAGCGAUUACAUCAAGCUCGUCGCCCUCGUGAAGAAGAAGAAAGCGCUCGAUGUCCCACCGUCGCAGUUCAUCCUCGGUGCGGGCAAGGCGCAGGACGACUCCGGCGCGGAUCUCGACGACGACGCGCAGAUCUGCUCGUGCCACAACGUGAGCAAGGGCGACGUCGUCCGGUGUGUGCGGGACGGCGCGAAGAGCGUAGGCGACGUGAAGACGCAGACGAAGGCAGGCAGCGGCUGCGGCGGGUGCAUGCCGUUCUUGACGAACCUCUUCAAGGCGGAGAUGAAGAAGGCGGGGAAUAGCGUGAGCAACUACGUUUGUCCCCAUUUCAACAUGAGCCGCGCGGACCUGUUCGACGUGGUGCGGAUCAAGAAGCUGAAGACGUUCACGGAGAUCAUGGAGACUUUGGGCGUGAACAAGGAGUCGGUUGGCUGUGAGCUCUGCAAGCCCGUCGUUGGCAGCAUUCUGUCUUCUCUGUGGAACGAACACGUUAUGAACCCCGUACAUCAUUCAAACCAGGACACGAACGAUAGGUUCAUGGCGAAUAUCCAGCGCAACGGUACAUUCUCGGUUGUCCCUCGCGUCGCGGCCGGCGAGAUCACGCCAGACAAGCUGAUUGUCCUGGGCCAAGUCGCGAAGAAGUAUGGCUUGUACUCGAAAAUCACUGGCGGACAGCGAGUCGACCUGUUCGGUGCACAAAAGGCAGACCUGCCCUCCAUCUGGAAAGAGCUCAUUGACGCCGGCUUCGAGAGUGGGCACGCCUAUGGCAAGGCUCUGCGCACAGUCAAGUCAUGUGUCGGUACCAACUGGUGUCGCUACGGCAUCGGCGACUCCGUCGGGAUGGCGGUCCAACUCGAGGAGCGGUAUAAGGGUAUCCGCUCUCCACACAAGAUCAAGGGCGGUGUGAGCGGCUGCGUGCGCGAGUGCGCUGAGGCUCAGGGCAAGGACUUCGGUCUGAUUGCGACUGACAAGGGCUGGAACAUCUUCCUAGGCGGUAACGGUGGUGUUAGUCCGAGGCAUGCAACACUCUUCGCCAGCGACGUUCCUCCGUCGAGAGUGAUCAAGAUUCUUGAUCGAUUUCUCAUGUACUACAUUCGCACCGCUGACAAGCUCAUGCGAACAUCUCGCUGGCUUGAGGAGAUGGAAGGUGGUAUAGAGAAACUGCGACGAGUCAUCCUGGAUGACGAACUCAACAUCUGCGAGGACUUGGAGAAGGAGAUGGAGGAACUCGUGGGGACGUACUACGAUGAGUGGAAAGCGGUGGUCGACAGUCCUGAGCGUCAGAAGCAGUUCCGGCAGUUCGUCAACACCAAUGAACGACGUCUGCCGGUCGAGCAAGUGCUUGAGCGUGGUCAGCCGCGACCGGCAGACUGGGCGAAGGCAUUCCCGCCAGCGCAUCUGAAGGAAGACAGAAUAAGGACGCCGAAGGAUCAAUGGAAGUGGUGCAAGCUAGCUAAGCUGGACGAUCUGAUCCCAACAGAUGCUGGCACAACAUCUGUUGCUGUGAAGUAUGGCGAUAGCCAGCUCGCGAUCUUCCACGUACCUCGGAAAGGCUACUUCGCGACACAACAAAUGUGCCCACAUAAGCGCGCAUUCGUCUUGGAACAUGGCAUUGUUGGCGACGAUCCAAAUUCGGGCAAGGUCUACGUCUCAUGUCCAAUGCACAAGCGGAACUUCACCCUGAAAGGAGGCGAAUGCCUCAACGAUGACGCCUACAACAUUUUGACAUUCGAUGUCCGGGUAGAAGACGACGACAUAUCGCUCCUUUUGCCUGAAGUGCAAGAGCUAGAUGAACUGAUCGGAACGAGUAAGUGGAUGGUCAAGCGCAAGACCGCUGAGAUCGUGGACAAGGACAUGGGAGAUGGUGUCGCCUUAGGACCUGACACAACUUGUAGCGGACAGUCGACGUCGUGCGGUGGCGACCCAAAACUAGACUGGUAAAUCUCAAU